AUGGUGGAGAGAAACAAAAACAACAGCAGCAGAGCACGCUUCCAGGGGAGGAGCAGCACGACCACGACCACGACCGGAAACCAACCCUACAGGAGAAGAUCCUGCAGCUCAGCGAUUUUGGGAAAUCGGUCGGCGUGCCAGCGAAACGGUACGAAGAGAGCGUUUCCGUACGCCUGUCCGCAAAAUUCUGGUCCAACGCGGUGCCCGGGCCGUCGUGUUAUCGGGUGGUUGCGGAUGAAAAUGGGCACCACAGUCAGGUCCAAGAAGAGGAAGACAUGGCCCUCUGCACGGAAAUCGUCCCGAGGUUCAACCACAGCUGCCGGCCGAACGCGGUUUACACCUGGCAUUAUGACCAAGAAGGUGCGGCGCCGACGUCAGGUAAUGUUUCUUCAUCGAGCGACGCUGUUGAUGAUGAAGCAGGAGGAGCAAAAAUUUUAG